UUCCACCCCUCACCCAUUAUAAUCCAUCCCAUCCCUCUAAGAUAGUAGUAUUAAGAUAAUAUAGAUUAAGAUAGUAUAGAGUAAGAUAGUGUUUUAUCCCACCCACUGCACAUAUCCCACCUCUACCUUGAGACUAGCUCUAUAUCAAAAGCAGUCCUUCUCUAUACAGCACUGAAGACAAGGUAUCAUUCCAAAUGGCAGUAGCUCCUUCUUCUUCUUCCAGUGCUCACCUACAGUUAGUAGCAGCUGCAUUAACCAGUCUAAUACCAGGGAGUAAAGUCAUUACUAAAGAUGAUCCACUGUACAAGACACUAAAGGAUCCAAAGCCACUAACAUACCAGGUGAUGAGCCAGAAUGUGAUCGUUGAAACCAGACCAGAGCCUGAUCCUACAAUAGUAGUACCACUGGAGAAGACAAUGGACAUUGAACUACAACCACUAGCUCAUGACACUAGUGAUGAACCAACCUCUGGUGGAGGGACCAGUUCAAAUAUGGUCAUCACAGUUCAGUUCCUCAAUGGUCAGUUCUAUAAGUUUUCAGUGGAUCACAGGGCUACAGUGUAUGCACUGAAGUGGUCCAUCUUUAAGAGUAAAGGGUUUGAUGAGUACUCACAGUAUGAUGUUAAUAACAUUGUACUCACCUUUGGAAGGAAGGAGCUCAAUGAUGAUGAUCGCCUUUUAAAAGAUUACAGCAUUAAAAAUGGGUCCAUCAUUCAAUUUGCAGUUAAACUAAGGGCAGCAGCUGACCAACAGUCCUAGUGUUAGACGAGGACCUACUGGAUCCUGACUUUAACUAUGACUUUAGAAACGAGCCCAACGUAGGGCGGGUUUAUGAAAGAGGAGGGUACGUGUACAAUCGUCCGUACGGCUGGAACCGACUGGCUUUGAAGACUAAGGGAAAGUAUCCACCUGAUGACGCCUGGCUGGGUAUACUGGCCAAUCGUACAGAGAGUUCAAACGAGGAGUGGCCAGUCUCUUAUCAUGGGACAAAGAAAGAAGGAGCAAUGGCUAUAGCAGCUGAAGGAUAUGAUGAGGAUAAAUUAGACCGGGAGAACUUUGGAAGAGGGUUUUACUCAACACCGAGUGUUGAAGUUGCUGCUAGUUUUGCUCCACGAUUUGACCAUACUGAUGGUAAGAGGUAUGAGGCUAUCAUUCAGAACAGAGUUAAUCUCAACCCUGGACACUCUAAGAUAAUUCCAGUAGAGAAGACACGACAUGGAGCAGAGUAUUAUCUGACAUAUUCUCCUGAUGACCUGAGACCAUACGGGAUAUGUAUCAGGGAAGUCGUUCAAGUUAGCAGUGCUUAAGAAUAAACAGCAUAAUAAUAGUAACUCUUUAAAGCAUUGAUUUAAUAGCUGAUUGUUAUAGUAUUAUUAUUAGGUUGUUUUAAUUGAAAUUGUACUACAUAAAACUGUUGUUACUUGUUACAAACAAUUACUACAUAUGUCACUA